CGCAUUGCCGCAUAUAUAAAACAGGGUCGCACUAACUUCGUUUCUAUUCAUUCCCGUGAGCACUUUUGACUUUCCCAACCAGGAAGUAUGGCGAUUAAGGACCUUUUUCUCAGGUGUAUUUCUUUCGGAUUGGGCUGUUUUUAUUCAACAUUCGUUUUGUUCAAUUUAUCUUUGGGGUUUGUGAAACACCCUAUCGCAUUUUUCUCACGCAAGAAACGAGAUGUGAUGCCAUCAGUUCUAAACGACCCGGACUUGGGGACGCAUGGCUAUCUUCACUUGGAGGAGGUAAGAAUCCACUAUGUUGCCCAAGGCGACGAGAGCAAGCCGCUCAUGCUGUUCGUCCAUGGGUUCCCAGAGUUCUGGUACUCAUGGCGAUACCAGCUGCGUGAGUUCAAGAAGGAUUACAGGGUUGUGGCCAUUGAUUUGAGAGGCUAUGGUGAAUCUGACAAGCCUUCCGGUGUUGCCAAUUACCAGAUGUCCAAGAUGGUGGCCGAUCUUAAACAACUCAUCCCUGCUCUAGGCUACAGAUCCUGUGUGCUGGUGUCCCAUGACUGGGGAGGCGCCAUUGCCUGGACAUUCACUGCCAUGCACCCCGAACUGGUCGACAAGCUGAUUGUAAUGAACUGCCCCCAUCCAGGCAUCUUUCGCAGCUACAUGGAGAAGAAUAUGGUGCAGUUCAAGAAAUCUUGGUAUAUUUUCUUCUUCCAAGUUCCAUUCCUUCCUGAGUUGAUGCUGAGAGUGAAUGACAUGAAAGCUCUGGAAAGAAUCUUCACGGGGAGUAAGGGUGGUCUCACCACAGGGAAAUGCAGCACUGACGAUAUAGAGGCCUACAAAUAUGCUUUCUCUAGACCAGGUGCUGCCACAGCUGCCAUCAAUUAUUAUCGAGCUACAAUCCGGUUUCCUGCGAAAAGGAUCCCUAAGAUCUCCUGCCCGGUGCUGACCAUCUGGGGUUGCAAGGACACAGCCCUGGAGACAGGCUUGGCCGCUGCUGCUGAUGCUGUUGUAGACAACCACACAGUCAAAUACAUAGAGGAGGCUAGUCACUGGGUCAUGAUGGACACUCCGGACAAAGUUAACAAACACAUGACUGAUUUUCUUAAGUAAAUAUGUAACAUUCAGAUCCAUGAUAGAAACCCAAGAUAAUAACAAUAUAAUAUACUAUUAAAAUAUAUUCAGGUAUAUAUUAUGUUUUACGUUUAUAGGAUGCAGAAAUAGUUUUGAAGAAACAUAAUUCUUUUUUGAAAGGUGAUAAGUACAAAUUUUUAUGUUUUGUUGUAACUGUGUUCGCAUUAUUAUAGUCUCUACCGGUGUGUAUCCCAACUAGUCUUACUGAAUUUACACUGCUUUACAAUUUAUUAUGCCUAGAUACAGUUAUGUUGUAGUCACUAGUCUUCUAGUAAGAGACUAAAUUAUAUUCUUAUAGGACUACUUAUAUCCUUCCAAAACGUUGCUACUGUGAGUUACCUGUCAAUACAGGUGUAUUGGAUUUUGAGCUGACGGGGCUUGUAACAUGAACGUUCAGUUUGUAAAAUCCCGUACUCCCUGCUAUGAUGUGACACGACGUGAUACAUACAGGCCAUGACCAUGUAUGGGUUUUUACAAGAUGACAACUGGCCAAUCAGAUACCUGGAUUCUUUGCCAAAUAAUGAAAAAGUCUUUCCAGGUGUGUUUGCAAGAGGUCUUACAACACUGGAUGUUUAAUGGCCUGCAGUUCACUACAUGGUCAGGUCGUGUCGGGAGUCGGUCACUUUGAUGUGGGAAUGAAGCUCCUUCACGUGUCAAAUGUUCUGUUGUUCAACUAAGGAUCCUACCCUACUACCGAGUUAUUUACAGUGUAGAGGUAUUACAUCCUUGACUACAGUGAACAAUAUACACAACUGGUCCUCAGGCAAGAUAUGUGUUUAUCUCCAUAUUGGAUACUUAUUUCAAAUACAUGCAUAUAUACAUGCAAUUAGCUGUUAUCAGAGACAUUCAGUUUCAGGCUGCUAUCGGUUACUUGCAUAGAGUGGUGAACUUGCAAAAUAACUUUAAAACUUGGUUUAAUAUACAGUAAUCCCUCGCUACAACGCUACCUUCGGGGUCCAAAUAAUUGAUGAGCGUUAUAGAUGAUCAGCAGUUUAAUGAAGGUCAAGUCGUAGGUGGUAGAUGACCAACAAAACAGUAUACAUGCUCUGCCUACCUAACACGAUCUAUGUUGUUAGUAAAUCUUGGGAGCCAUGCUUUACCGCGCGCUAUAACCAGGUUAGCGCUAUAUUGAAGGGCGCAAUAACGAGGGAACACUGUAUAGACCAAUUCUCUUUUACACCCCUUUUAUUUUUUGCCAGUUAUUCUUGGCUCAGCCCCAAAUAUACAGAAUGUUCUUUAUUGGAAAAUGUGUCUUUCAACCAAAAUAAAUAUGAUCAUCUAACCUUAUUCAAUGUUGUGUGUGGAAACUGGUGUGAGAAAUCUUUUUCAGAUUACGUAUUAUAUGAUUGUUUAUCUCACCUUGUCAUGUAAUUGUGUAUAGAUUUUUAAUGAAUGGAAAUCCAGGUGUAUGUGAUCAUAUUUUAGUACAUCAUUCUUGUUUUGGGAACAACAUACGUCCUCAGGAAGCGAGUACAAGACUGGAUGCUUACAAAACUGGUUGUGCAAAACUAUUUUUGCUAUGAUUUUUUGACAAGCUUCGUGUUGUUUUUUGUGAAGAAUAUAUAAAGGGUCAAAAGCUACUGUCUACAAUACUUUGUAUACAUUUAUUGAUUGUAUGAUUGAAUAGAUAAAUACAAGUUUUAA